CUUGUUCCACAUCAAGGAAUAAAUUCCAAUUUCUUAUGACAGGAUACUUCCCUUUAAGAGGAUGCACAACAUGCUCAACCACGUGGAAUUCUGUUGCUCGCGAAUUUGACCGGGAGACUUUCAACGGAUAGAAAAAGCAGUUUACACAGCAGCUUCCUCUUUUCUUCAAUUUCCUCCCAGUUUGCAAGAUCUUGCCUGGUUUCCACACCCGCUCUGAGCCCGAUUCCCAUGCCGUCCGCCAUAAAUGCAGCGGUGGCUCAGCAGACAGCUGCUGGGUCUGUCCCCAGCCCUGCUGUCAGCACUACAACCGAGGGCUCGGGCGGGGGCACAGGGGGGAUUUAUUCGGCCAUUAUAAGUCGCAACCAGCCCAUUAUCAGAGUAAAGGAGAAGACCUAUGAAGAGCUUCACAAGAAGUGCCUGGAGAAGAACAUCCUCUAUGAAGAUCCGGAUUUCCCACCGAAUGAGUCUUCUCUCUUCUACAGCCAGAAAAUCCCCAUCAAGUUCGAAUGGAAAAGACCACGUGAAAUCUGUGAGAAUCCACGGUUUAUUAUUGGUGGAGCCAACAGAACAGAUAUCUGCCAAGGAGAAUUAGGUGACUGCUGGUUCCUGGCUGCCAUUGCUUGCCUGACACUGAAUAAAAAACUCCUCUGCAGAGUCAUACCUCAUGACCAGUCCUUUAUACAAAACUAUGCUGGCAUCUUUCACUUCCAGUUCUGGCGCUAUGGAGACUGGGUGGACGUCGUCAUCGAUGACUGCUUACCCACGUACAACAACCAGCUGGUCUUCACCAAGUCCUCCCAGCGCAACGAGUUCUGGAGUGCCCUCCUGGAAAAGGCCUAUGCAAAACUCCAUGGGUCAUAUGAAGCUUUGAAAGGAGGCAACACCACUGAAGCCAUGGAGGACUUUACCGGAGGAGUCACAGAGUUCUAUGAGAUAAGGGAUGCCCCUAAAGAUAUCUAUAAAAUCAUGAAACAUGCCAUUGACAGAGGAUCCCUCAUGGCCAGCUCCAUUGAUGAUCACCUUGGCUUUUCCUAUGGAUCAGCUCCUCGGAGCGACAUCGGGGAACUGAUUGCUCGAAUGGUGAAGAAUCAGGAAAAUGCACAGAUGUCUCACCCCACUGUAGACUACCAGGGGACAGACGAGAGGCCAGCCUGGACCAUAAUGCCAAUGCAGUAUGAGACCCGGAUGUCUUGUGGGCUUGUCAAAGGUCAUGCCUACUCUGUCACAGCCGUGGAAGAGACAACAUUUAAAGGGGAAAAAAUACGUCUGGUAAGGCUGAGAAACCCCUGGGGGCAGGUGGAAUGGAAUGGACCUUGGAGUGACAAGUCAGAAGAGUGGAACUUUGUUAAUGAGGCAGAGAAAAUCCGCCUUCAGCACAAGAUUGUGGAGGAUGGGGAGUUCUGGAUAUCAUUUCAAGAUUUUAUGAGGCACUUCACAAAACUGGAGAUCUGUAACCUCACACCUGAUACUCUGGAAGCCGAUAAGCUCCAGACCUGGACCGUGUCCGUCAACGAAGGGCGCUGGGUGAGAGGCUGCUCGGCUGGAGGCUGCCGCAAUUAUCCAGAUACAUUUUGGACCAAUCCCCAGUAUCGCUUGAAGCUUCUGGAGGAAGAUGAUGACCCUGAGGAUGAAGAGGUUAUCUGCAGCUUCCUCGUUGCACUGAUGCAGAAAAACAGGAGGAAAGAACGCAAGCUGGGAGCCAACCUGUACACCAUUGGCUUUGCCAUCUACGAGGUACCCACUCUAGACUGCUCUUUGCACCGUGGUCACAAAUCCUGA